AUGAUGAAAGGCUCGCGAAAUGGGAAAGGGGUCGAAGAAUGGUCGAAGGCUGGUUCGUUUGUAAGAAAACCAGAUAAAGGCUGGCUCCAUUCUGCUCAAGCUAUUAAAGAUGGAGGAGUGUGUUAUGCUUUAAAGGUAACUUAAACCUUAAAUCAACUGUAUUUUGCAAUUUUAAGCGAAGUUUUAUAGUGUGUUAAUAUCGGGUUUAAAAAACAUCCAAAAUGUUUCUACUGUGAAAUUUAUUCCAGAAUUUGCAACAUUUUAUUUGACGAAUAUUCCACGAAACCACUCAAUGCAUUUGAGAAUUUUAUUAUUUCGUAUUCCUUUAUAUUAUUUUGUUUUAUGGUAUGACAACAUUUGAUUGUUUAACUCGUUUAAAAUCGGUUAAAUAAAUGCGUAUGUAAAUGUAUAUAGUUUUCGCAUCGAAGCAGUCAGUAUUGUUUUAUAUGAGCAUUGAAUUACAAUCUUGUGGUUAAUUUGAUACAUAUUUAUAGAAUAAAAGCUAGAAUUUCGAUAGAACGCUUUUUGAUGUCGCAAUUGCAAAUUAUUUUAAGUAUUUAAUAAUAUUAAUGAUGCUCCACCUUGUUGAUGUGUUUAUGGCGUUUGAUUAUUUAUUUUGUAAUUUGUAGUCACGUAUUGUUUACACUAUAGCUGUGUUUUAAUAUUGUUUGAUGAUUCUAAUCCAUUUGUAAUUUGCCUGUUCUUUUUGUAGUAUUUGGGCUGUAUUGAAGUGCUCAAAUCUAUGAGAACCUUGCAGUAUGAUGUACGACAACAAGUCACCAAGUAUGAAACGUUUCUACACUUUCCACUAAUUUAGUAAUUUGGUCUUUGAUGCCUUGCAAAGAAAUGUGAAGAGGCAUUUAAUUAAGGUUUGAUCUGCCACAAAAGGCAAAUUUAAUAUCACUUUCGGCUGCAGUAAUUCAAAUAUAUUGUUUUAAUAUGACUUUCACCAACUUGCCCACACAUGUGCUUUGAAGGUAGUGAUUUAAUACCAUGGUAUAUAUAAUAGUAUAUAAUAGUAUAAUAGUAUAUUAUAUAGUCAUUUAAUACCAUGGUAUACAGUGUAUAUUAGAUUUAAUACCAUGGUUUGGUAAUUUCUUUUUCAAAGUUGACCUAAUAUUUCAUGUGAUGUUUGGAUUGACUUGUUUUUGUUUAGUCAUCAUUUCCAUGACGAUGAUGAAGUAACCUUCAUUUUGUUGUUUUCAUUUUGUAAUAUACAUAAUAUUUUGUCAUUUUUCGUCAGUGAUCUUGGGUGAUUCUUUUCCCACAUGAAAUGAGUGAACAUGUUUAGACGUUUCUAGGGUUACUUUGGUGUUUUUAGGCACCCCAUGAGAAAUUGAACUACAUUCAACUUUUUAGGCGUAUCUGCAAGAGAGUACUUAUGUGACUGUCACUCAUUGUGUGUGGGCAAAAAUAUGUGCAUUAGAGAACCGCCCUAUUCAAUGACAAUCUCAUAUUUCUAAUUUAUCAUGUAGAGAGGCAAUGUAUCGAUGUUGUGAGGCAAAUGGAUAUAAAUUCAGUAAAAGGAAAAAAGCGAAAAGUAGCAUCCUAAAACUCUUAGCUGGUAAGGCAUAGUCUUUGUAAUAUAAACUUGAUGUUUUGAGCGAAGACUUCUUUGUUGGGAAGUUAAUUGUGGUUAUUGUUCUACAGUACAGUACAGUACUGUCAGUGGUUCCCAACGAAAGGCCUUCAUUCAAAACGUCUGAAUUUUACUUGUAUUUUUUGUGUAGUUGAAUCCGCAGUUUUCUGGUUGUAUUUGUAAUAUUCUUAAAGAUGGAUUUACUGUGGGGGAGGGUAUGCACCCCCCUAGCCCUGGCCAGAGGGGUGCUAUUUUUCAUUUAGAGACAAAAUGAGAUACAGUAAUUUGAGUAAUAACAUGAUGAUAAGCGAACUGUGAACAACAAUUACAAUUCAAAUACUGUAGUCACAAGCAAGACUUUGCAGUAGUGAAACAAGUUGAUGGGUGGGCGGCAUGACCGAUUGACACAACUCUGCACCAGAGCUGGCAGAGCACCCUCGUACCAGAUCAUGCUGGAUCCAUCCCUGAAUAUUCUUGGAGUAAUUACUAAAUUGAUUGUGUUUAUAGAUCAUCCGCGUACCGUCCACAGUGGUACGUUUAUCAGUCUGACGGUGUCUGUGUCGGGUAUUGUACUCACAGCAAUGUCAAGUGGUGAGAUGAUCUCCAAGCAUGAUAUGCAGGGAAUAUCAUUUGCCAGUGGUGGGGAAAAGGUAUCUGCAAGUAACUCACAUUUUGUCUUGGGAAUCAGUUGAUUGGCGAGGCUGUUAACCAACAGAGUCAGCUAGUCACUAUUUUGCUUAGUUUGUUAGUGAUUCAGUUAGAGGGGCAGUUGGUCAGUCAGUAACUUGGUUAGUUGGUGUGUCCGUUAGUUAACCAACAGAGUCAGGCUAUUGAGAAGAGUCAGUUCGCCAAUGAUUCAGUUAGAAGGUCAAUUAUACAGACGGCCUGCCAGUCUGUUGGUGGAUUUUAUAAACUAGUUUUUACUGUUAUAUUCACCUGUGGGUGAAUACUGUUAUAUUCACCUGUGGGUGAAUACAGGGGAAUAUCACGUCAAAUUUAACCAUUUAAUUUCUUAUAAUUUUAUUCACUUGUGUAAAAAUACUAAAAUUCCUUUAUUUUUCAUUGUGUCCAUAUUUGAAGAAACAAGAAUAAUAAGAAUUUAGUAUGAUAGAUUAGAAAAAAAAAGUCUAAAACCUAAAAUAACUGAUUAUUUUAAUUGUCUGACUCAAUCAGUGAAGUGUAGGUACAGUAUGGUACUGAGUCAUUCAAUUACUAGUUGGUUGGGCAGUUAGUUAGUUGAUCAAUCAUUCAGUCUCAUGCACAUUCAUUUUUCUCAUUUCUAGGACUGUCCAGAUAUAGUUGGCUAUGUUGCAAAAGACGCCAAAAAUAGAAGAGGUGAAAUAAUCAUCUGUUGACAUUUGGUUAAUAUUCAGCUGUGUUUUGACAGUGAAUGUUUACACUAAAUUCUUCAACUUUUCUCUAGCAUGUCAUGUCCUGGACUGCCCUCAAAGUCUUUCCUAUGAUGUCAUCAACACUAUAGGUCAAGCAUUUGAGCUGCGAUAUAAAAUGUUCUUGGACGAUCCUCCACAAUUACUACCAGUUCCGAGAAGGUGAGAUGGUUUUAGUUUGCCACUCCUAUGUUAUACUCGAGGUAAUUUUUGCCACAGCUUGUCGUUUAACAUUUCAUUUAAUGUUACCAGAUUUGAAGGAUCAAUUGGCGGAGAACAACAACAGGCAGCAGCAGAGGAAUCACGUGAUCGAACAUAUGAGCGGCCAAGAUUUGAGGUAUUUCAACUGUUGUUUUUUUUCAACAGCUUAGAGGACAGUCGAGUAGCACGUGAAAACAGGUCUGAUGUAAAAUCUUUGAAAAAACAAUUGUUGUCAAGAAAUGUCAACUUUUUUCAGCCAGAAGAUGAAUUUGCAGAUGGUUAUUUUGAUGAAUUUGAUGAUGAACAUGCCUAUGACUCCCCCGCUGAAGAACCUAAACCCGCCCCUAUGGAUGAAGACUCUGAGCACUACCAGAAACCCAGAUCUCCCGCCUGUGAAAUGUCCAACUAUGACACACCACAUAGUACAUUAGAGAGCCACUCAGGGCGGGACAUGGCCUCUUCUCUGGAGUUUACAGUUGGUACCCAGUUUGAAAGUGCAGUCACUGGACCUCCACUUAAUACACCAUCUUAUAAUAACCCUCUUGCUUCUGUACCCACUGUGGGCAAUCUGCCAACUUUGUAUGAUACCCCUGGAGCUACAGGUAAUGAGAAUAUUUAAAUACGACUGAAUCAUGAUUCAACUGGCUGAUCGUCAUCUUUUGACUGUAAUUAAAUGUUUUAGACAACUUAGUUCUAGACUUGAAUUUACUCGUUUAGUGAAUGGUACUGGGCAAGAAUCCAAUGGAGGUUCAUUCCGUGUCAACUGGGAGACAUUUGAUGAAGAGAUUACAUCAAGUAACAGAGCACAAGCAACUGCUGCUCCAGCUCUUGGGCCAAAGAAAUCAUCACCUGAGCCUGCAUUGCCUGAGAGGGCAGACUCGCCCCAACAUAACUCACUAGGGUAUGCAUUACCAACCUACAAGAAAAAACCAGAGGAUCAAACAGCACGACGAACACCUCCACCUUUACCCAAACCUUACGCUCGUAAGUCAUAUAUUUCAAUCAUUGUAGUUUUUAACUUUACUUACCUUCUGCAAGCCAGGGGUGUGGUCUAAUUACCCAAAUUUACCUCAGCUGUUCAUGAUAAUAGGAAGCUUAACAUUUGCUUAAUCUAGUACGUGCACAUGACGAGACGACAAUUGCAAGCGUUGUUUAUAUGCAUUUCAAACACUCAUUAAUAAUUCAUAAGCUUAUUGGCAAAUCAUGUCAACGAUAAUAUGUCACGUGGAGAGGGUUUAUACCUGAUAAAACCACUGUGAUAAAACUCAUUGUUAUUAGCAGGGUACGAUCAUUCAAGAUUUUGUAGUCGUACGUGACUGGCAAUAGAUGCCGUCUCAUUAGUGUUCUUUACAUAAAAAAUACUAAUUAGGGUGCGAUAGUUGAAGCCGGUUACAGACGAGCAAGUUUUCUAUGACAAAUUUUUAUGUGACAAAUUUUAAUUGCUCGUCUGUACGCGCAACUUUGACAAGUUUUUCUAUGACAAGUACACUUGACAAGCCUAGCAUGCUAGCUUUUGAACAAGUGCACUUGUCAUAGAAAAAAUUGUCAAAGUACAAAUUUUGUUCGUCUGUAUGGGUCAACAAAGAAAACUUUUCAAAGUAAUCUGAGCAUUUGAUGUGAUUGGCCAGCUGGCUACUAAUAAAUUGUCAAAGUAAACUUGUUGACACGUUCACACCAGUAAAUAAAACUUGUCAUAUGAAAACUUGUCAUAUAAAAUUUGUUGCAUAUACACACGUGCAUUUGGCAAAUAAAACAUGUCACAUAAAAACUUGUCAUAGAAAACUUUCUCGUCUGUAACCGGCUUCACGUACUUACGUACCGGAGGUACGCCAAUAUUACUGUCUGGUACAUCUAUGUUUUAAGCCACAUAUCACGUAGGUACGCGGAACUCUUGCUAUCCGCGUGCUUACUUUUUUACUAUUCAAAACCGUCGCUACAUGUCUGAUAUGUCUUGCCAUGAAACAUGAUUGGACUAAGCAAUGUUAGAGUCGAUUGUAGUGUUUGUAUAUGCAAUUGUGGUACUUGUUAUAACUUUUCAGUGUACUGAAUGAAUACCUUUCAGAAAUCUGUGCUUUGUGUACUUCAUUUUAAAGACUAAGUACACCUUGAGUCUUGAGUUUUAACCAUAGUCGUGUUUGAAGCUAUCGUGUUUGUAGUCGUGUUUUAUCAUAUUUAAAAUGCUCGUGCUGCUCACUCGCAUUUUAAAUAUGAUAAAACACUUCUCGUGUUUGAAAUAGCACGUAAAUAUUUACGUAAAUAGAAAAGACAAAGAUAAGAAAAAUAAGGCGUGACAUUACCAACAGUUGAUACCAAUUACUAUACAUUAUUGUACAUGCUUCCCCUUGCUACUCUAGUUACUUGAUGUUAAUUGUUGCUAGGUAAACCUGCAGUAGAACCACCCCGACCACCAGCAGCCUCAGAAGAUGAUUUAUCUCGUAAAGACUGGUUUCAUGGGCCCAUGUCAAGGCAUGAUGCAGAAAGCCUGCUUGUACGUGAUGGAGAUUUCUUAGUGCGUGAAAGCACGACCAAUCCUGGACAAUAUGUCCUCACAGGAUCACAGAAUGGUUAUCCAAAACAUCUCUUGUUGGUUGAUCCAGAGGGAGUGGUGAGUAGCUUGGGCCUGGGUAUUAGAACAUCUAAUGACUAGCCAAAGAUUACAUCGCAUUGAUGUGUUAGGAUUAGGGUCAGGAUUAGGAUUAAGAUUGUAUUCAACUCAAGAUUAGUCUUUAGCAAUGGCGAGGCAAGGCAUGGCAGCUGUCAACUGGUUGUGGUAUGCUAGUAAAUAGAUUAGAUAUAAUACAUUUCUAAAGUUUGAAUAAUUCAGAUCUUUACUGUCAAUGCAAUGGAAGUGUUGAUAAAAUAUUGCAUGAAUUCAUUUCCUCAAGUUGAUCAAUUCAUAGGAAUUCAAAUUUCUUUUUACUUCCUGUGCGUUUCCUAUUGGUCAAUCGGUUCUGAAACGAAAUCUAAUUGGCUCAUCUAAAAGUAACAGGAAGUUUAUCAAUUUUCUACCAAAUGAAUUGAUUAACUGAGGAAAGGAAUUGGUGCAAUAUUUUAUCAACACUUCCAUUGCAUCAACAGUAAGAAUUUGCAUAGCAUGACCUGUUGCUAUGGCCAGCUUCGCCACUUGUGCAUUUGUUCCUGUACCGGCGUUUGAUACCCGCAAUAUACAGUUCUUUCAUUAUAUGAUUUCAUCUCAGGCACAUGUGAGAAGUGUGGAUCCACUUUGACUCUACUAAACACCGCAGGGUUUUCUCUGGAUAACAAUGAAGUAUUGGUGUUACUGGAUCCUUAGGGACAACCAGGGUUCCCAAUUGAAUUUGGUGUAGGAGGCUCUAUGGUGCACAAGGUCCCUCACCAAGAGGGUUUGGAGCAGGGCGCUUAUAUAUAUAAUAAAUAUAAGGGCGCUUAUAUAUAAGCGCCCUGGUUUGGAGAUGUCGGCAUAUAGAGCGUUUGCACAUGACGUCACAGCCGCCAUGUUGGUGUUCCUAUUCAAAGGAAUUUUAAUCAGAUUCUUUUGUCUGGAACACCAACAUGGCCGCCAUGGCUUUUGUUGAGUUCCUCCCUGGGGAAUGAGUGCAAACACUCUAUUAUCCAAAACAUUUAAUGAAGAAUAUCGUGUAGAAUUUAUGUUUUAAAAGCUUGAAACGUUUCCCUUGACAUUUCUUUGGUAAGAAGGAAAUAAUUUCGAGAAACAACCGGCGAUUAUCUACGUUGUAUAGGCGGCUUCUAUUGGGAACCCUGGAGUCUGGGGAACAUUUUAGAAGUGAAUAAGUACUCCAGCAGAAAUACAAUAAAGUUAGUUCAGUUUCGUAAGUAUUCUCGUGUUUUUUAGGUGAGAACCAAAGACCAUUCAUUUGAGAGUGUCGAUCAUCUAGUUCGCUAUCAUCGCGACAAUAAAGUUCCUAUCAUCUCGUCUGGAAGUGUUAUGAUAUUACGUCAGUCUGUGGUGAGGAACGAUCCUAGUCAAUCUGCUUAUGAUGUGCCUAUAUAA